AGACAGCUUGGUAAGAGAGAGAGAGAGAGGGAGAGAAGAUCAAAAACAACAAAACCUUCUUCCCCCUUCUGUCUCUCUCUAGACUAUACAUAAAUAUAUUCAUAUACUUGUUUCUCGAUAUAUAUCUAUAUAUACAUAUAUAUAGAUAAACCACCGAGCACCGAUUGCUGCGUUCUAGGGUUUUUCUGUUUGGGAAUUCAAUCGGAUCUGAACUUAUGGCUGACUCUUACUGUUCGGACUGCAAGAAGAACACGGAGGUGGUGUUCGACCACGCCGCCGGGGACACUGUCUGCUCCGAGUGCGGGCUCGUGCUUGAAUCCCGCUCCAUCGACGAGACAUCUGAGUGGCGUACGUUUGCUGAUGAUUCUGGUGAUCACGACCCGAACCGUGUUGGAGGACCCGUUAACCCCUUGCUCGGCGAUGUUGGCCUCUCCACCGUUAUUUCCAAGGGUCCGAAUUCUAAUGGCGACGCUUCUGUCGCCCGCUUGCAGAAUCGGGGCGGUGAUCCUGACCGAGCACUCGUUAUGGCUUUCAAAGCCAUAGCUAACAUGGCUGAUAGAUUUGCAGUUGAGGGAGUCUUUGCUGGGGGAAUAAAGCAAAAGAACAUGGCGGCAGAUGGAAGGAACCGCCGGGUACUUGGGGAUAUUGGCAAUAUGGUUAUCUUCGAGGGCAUGAAGGCAAGCAGCAGCUUCCUCAGGUGUCUAGCCCCCUCACAAGGGCUUUUGGUGCACAGCUACUGGCUAAUGCAGCAGCUAACAAGAACAAGAAAUGUUUUGGUGCUGUGAAUGUGGAUGGAGUUGCUGCUGCAAAUGGAGGUGCCUAGAAAGCCUCCUUCUCAGAAGAGAGCUACUGUGAAGCCAAUCAAGCCUGAAGCUGUGAUUGUAAUCAGCCCUGACACUAAAGAAGAGGUGAAGGAAAAGAACAGCCUCCGCAGAAAGGCAGCAGCUGAAGAUUCAUCUAGAAAGACUUAUACUGCAACUCUCACUGCUCGAAGCAAGGCUGCUUGUGGACUGAACAUUAAAUUACCAAAGGAGAAGAUUGAAGAUAUUGAUGCUGGAGAUGUGUACAAUGAGUUGGCAGUUGUGGAGUAUGCA